AUGGAAAUCCAAGUGUUGACAACGGAACCUAGGCGAAAACACGAGGAAAAGUUUCGAAUACCCUUUUGGACGUGGAUCAAAUUGCUUCUUUUUGUCGGUUUAAUUUCUUUGCACAUAGCCGAGAUUGUCUAUUAUCGUGAAUUGGAUACGUUUUUGGAACGAGCACUUCGAAUCAUUUCGAUUGUAGCAAUUUUAUUUGCGAUAUCUUCUUUGCUUUUUGGCGCAACUCGACGGCAUAAUUUUAUUGUGGCUCUUUUCUCGAUCAUCAUAUUAAUUUUUGAUUCAGCCUUUGUCUACUACAGGAUUUCAACAUUUGAGAGUCUUUUCUUCAAGGAUUUCAUUCGUCUCUUCCUUUGGUUUGGCUUGAAUUAUCUGCAAUCGGUCGACCAUGAGAGGCCAAAAGAGGAAGCUUCGUCAUUCGACCGAGCUGGAUGCUUUUCCAUAUGCACAUUUUCGUGGCUCUCAAAGCUCAUGUCAAGAGGAUUUAAAAUGCCACUUGAAAUGGUUGAUCUCCACAAUCUCCCGCAAAAGGAAACAUCGGAGACUUUACGGGAAAAAUGGAAUGACGCCUGGAAAGAUGAACAAAUGAAACAUCCCCAAAAAAUUUCUCUGACACGUGCUCUAUUCUGUGGAUUGAGUACAGAGCCUCUAUUUGUUCUCCUCCUCAAAUCCAUCACUCAACUCAUCCAAUUCUUUAUUGUACCACAUUUAUUGAAAUGGCUGUUGGGAAGCCUUUCUGAAAAAGAGAUCCCACUUUCAUUUCCUCUUCUUUGUGCCAUUGGACUCUUCAUCAAUUUGGAAGCAAUUUCAUUGUUGACUGGGUUCUUUAUGUUCUUGAUUAAUCGAUAUCAACUGCAUAUUCAAACGAUGUUUCUGAAUGCUUGCUACGAAAAGUUGCUCCGUCUCUCCCCAAUUGCCCGCUCCAAAUACAGCGUCGGUUUAAUGGUGAAUCUGAUGUCAAUCGAUAUCGAUAAAGUCGCCGACUUCUUCCCGGCAUCUAUCGAUUUGAUCUCAAUGCCGUUAAAGAUAAUCUUCGGCACGGCGAUGUUAACAAUAUUGUUGGGUACACCUGGGUUAAGCGUUUUGGUGAUCGUUUGUUUGAUCAUUGUGUUCAAUGUUUUUGUGACAAAGUUGAUCAAAAAGUAUCAGCAACAACAGAUGAAAAUUAAGGAUGAGAGGACAAAAAUGUGCAAUGAAGUUUUUCAUGGAAUAAAGCUUAUUAAGCUGUACGCAUGGGAGGAGGCUUUUGAAGAGCGGAUUGGUGAAUUGCGAGCACAAGAGGUAACAAUGAUUAAACGGGUCAAUAUCAUUUCUCAGAUCAAUUUGGCUGUGAUUGAAGCCUCGAUUUUCAUAAUGAUUCUCGUUGUGUUUGGGCUAUGCAUUUGGACACUAGAAGAGGGACAUGAUUUGUUGAGGCCAGAGAUUGUAUUUGUUGCGAUCUCGAUUCUUCAACAACUCAAAACACCAAUGAGAAAAAUUGCCAAAACAGUCACUUUCCUAGUUCAGGCUCAAGUCUCUCUCAAACGCCUUAAAGACUUUUUACUUGAAGAUGAAAUUGAGGACAAGGAUUAUGAUUCAAAACGAAGAAAGUCGACAGCUCUCUCCAUUAAAGACGGAGAGUUCACUUGGAUGACUUCUUUGGAAAAUCCAUCGCUCUCAUCGAUCAAUUUGAAAAUCAAGAAAGGGACCUCGAUUGGAAUUGUUGGUGAAGUUGGAUCCGGGAAGAGCAGUUUGCUGACAACUUUUCUUGGUGAAAUCCAUCAAAUGAAUGGAAAGAUGAAAGGCAAUGGAAUAAUCUCCUAUGUCCCACAACAACCUUGGAUCAUCAGCACAACAAUUAGAAAGAAUAUCAUUUUGGAAAAGCAAUUCAAUCGACAACGCUACGAGAUGGUGAUCAGUGCCACUGAGCUUAAAGACGAUUUUGAGAAGAUGAAAUUUGGGGAUCUAACAGAACUGGGAGAGAAUGGUGUCACUCUUUCCGGUGGUCAAAAAGCUCGAGUUGGUCUUGCCAGAGCGCUCUACCAGGAUGGAGACAUUUUCCUAUUCGAUGAUAUCUUUUCCGCUGUUGAUGUUCAAGUUGGAAAGAAAAUUUUCGAUAAAUGUCUAUCUUCAACGGGAAUUCUUGAAGGAAAGACAAGAGUCUUGGUCACUCAUGGUAUCAAGUAUGCAAAGGAGUGUGAUCAGAUCAUUUUGAUGAACAAUGGACAAAUUCGAAAGAUUGGGAUAUACUCGGAAUUGGAAAAUGAUGAAGUUUUCAAAAAACUACUUCACCAGAGCUCAGAUAGUUCAACAAAUGGAUUUUCCAAUAAAAAUUCCGAAAACGACGAAGACGAAGAUGAGAUUAUUCCAAAGAAAGAAUCAGUGAUAAAAGGAGAAGAUUUUGGGAGAAUAAUUCAAAAAGAGAACGCUGAAACUGGAAGGGUGAAAAACAAAAUCUAUUUGUCCUAUUUCCGUUUGAUGCCACUUCUCUUGAUCAUUUUCCUGAUCUAUGGUCAGAUAUUCAGCACCGGAUUCAGUGUUUGGCGGGCGUUGUGGUUGGCUGAUUGGUCAACCGAAUCGCAACACGGAAUUUCGAAGGAUGACACAAAAUUUCGAUUCUUUGGCUUCACUUUUCUGGGAGCAUUGGAGGUUUUCUUCUUGACCUUCUCAUUCAUCAGUCUGAUUAUCGGUUGUCAAAAGGUUUCUCUCAAAAUUCACUAUCCAUUUCUCCAUGCUGUCCUUCGAUCCCCGAUGGCUUUCUUUGACACAACGCCAAUUGGACGAAUAUUGAAUAGAUUCUCAAAAGACUUGGAUUCUAUUGAUAACAAAUCACCCAAAUCCUUAUCAGAGAUUCUUCAAAGAGUUGCUGAUGUUGUCUCAAACGCCAUCCGUAUCUGUCUUGCCAUUCCACCGUUAUUAGUCCUCAUUGCACCAUUCUUUCUGCUCAACUUUUUGUAUCUGAGAUUCUAUCUACGAGGUGCUCGUCAAUUGAAUCGCCUCAGCUCACUUCAAAGAUCUUUACUGAUCGCAAAGUUCCGUGAGACAAUUCAAGGUGUUACAAGUAUUCGCGUCUUCAAAAUGGUAAACAGUGAAAUCGCAGAGUUUUCCCGUUUUGUUGACGGAGUUACUAUUUGUAAUUUUGCCUCCUUCGGGUCAAGUCGUUGGCUGGAGAUCAGACUGGAACUCCUUUCAAAUUCUACAAUCUUCCUAGUGGCCUUGUUUGGAAUAUUGAUGUCAAGAGCUAGUGCUAUAUCGCCAGCAUUGCUUGGCUUAUGUAUCACUUCAGCAAUGGCGAUAACUGAACGAUUAUACUUGGGUAUUAAAGCUUUCGGGCACUUGGAAACAGAAGCAGUUUCGAUUGAGAGGAUCUACGAAUAUACAAAGUUGCCUUCAGAGAAACCAUGGAAGAACGAUUUUGAGCCGCCAAGAAAUUGGCCACAAAAUGGAGGAAUAAUUUGGAGUGAUUACUCAGCCAAAUAUCGACCUAAUCUCUCUUUGAGUCUGAAGAAUGUGAAUGUUUCAGUAAAACCAGGAGAAAAGAUUGCGGUCAUCGGGAGAACUGGGUCAGGCAAGAGUUCCCUUUCUCUAUCAUUGUAUCGAAUCUUUGAAAGCGCUGCUGGUAGAAUUCUGAUUGACGAUAUUGAUAUCUCAACACUUGGACUUCAUGAUAUCAGGAAAAAGCUGACAAUCAUACCACAAGACCCAAUCCUUUUUUCUGGUACAAUCCGUUUCAAUCUGGAUCCUUUCAAGAAAUUUGAUGACGAAAAGAUUUGGGAAGCUUUAGAGAAAUGUCAGCUGAAAAAAUGUUUUGCUGAAAGUGCAGAAAAGCUUGAAUACAAGAUUGAAGAAGGAGGGAAUAAUAUGAGUAUGGGACAACGACAAUUGAUCUGUUUGGGAAGAGCUUUGCUAAGGAAAACGAAGAUUUUGAUCUUGGAUGAGGCUACUGCUUCCUGUGAUCCGAACACGGAUCGUCUCAUUCAAGAAGUGAUUCGUCGAAAUUUUGCCGAUUCAUCAGUGCUGACGAUUGCUCAUCGAUUGGAAACCGUUUCCGACUAUGAUAAAGUGAUGGUUUUUUCUCACGGUGAAAUCGUUGAAUUCGAUCAAGCUGAACGGCUACUUGCCAAUCCCGACUCUUUCUACACAAAAAUGCUGAGAAGCUAUUAUCGAAGUGAA